GUUUACCACUGACAACAGAAUAAGAUGGAUAUCAAGGUGCUUCAGAAAUAAUUCAUAAUGUGUCUUAAUUUAUGAGACACAUUAAUUUAUGAGGCCCGUUUAUUUAUUGCGAGUUUUGUUCUCACGGAGUUCCGUAGAAACCUGAAACUGGAAAUGUACCUGAGAGUCAUGACGCAGCGUACGAACAGGUAAUCUCGGGGUGUGGCUUUCAAGGUUGGAGAAGUUACUGGGCUGUUAGAACGCUGAGAAAGAGACAUUAUAUCGAGAGAAGUCGGACGCUGAGAAGGAGAGAAGCAACACAGACAUGGCUUUAACACGGACAUUGUUGUUUCUGGCUAUUUUCUGCUGCGCUUCUGCCUCAACAGGCAUUAAAGGACGGGGGUUCUUCGGAUCUCUAGAUGUUGAAAAUCCAGACCAAUUUGUUGUGGACAAAGCAGCAUCAGAUACACUUAAGAGCAGCCUCACCACCGUCUUCUUUCCGAUCGUCUACAUCAUUGUACUUGUGGUUGGACUUCCCGCCAAUGCCAUGGCAAUCUGGGUCUUUCUCUUCAGGACCAAGAAGAAGCACCCUUCAUCGAUAUACAUGGGCAACCUGGCUCUGGCUGACCUGCUCUUUGUCAUUUGGAUGCCAUUAAAAAUACACUACCACAUCAACGGCAACGACUGGAUCUACGGAGAGCCUCUCUGCAAAGUCCUUGUGAGCUUCUUCUACGGGAACAUGUAUUGCUCUGUCCUGUUUAUCGCCUGCCUGAGCAUGCAGAGGUACUGGGCCGUGGCUCACCCUCUCUCUCAGCAGAGGAAGAACAACAAAAUUGCCAUUGGUGUCUGUGUAGCCAUCUGGGCUUUCAUCUGGCUCAGCAGCACUCCUCUGUACCUGUAUGACCACACAGCCAAGCUAAAAGACCCCAACAUAACCACCUGUCAUGAUGUGAACUUCAAAAACAAAGACAGUCCAUUCCAAUCUCUCAACGUCCCGUUCUUCUACUUCAUCUACAUGGCGACGGUUGCGUUCCUUGUCCCGUGCAUAGUGAUCGUUGUGGCCUAUGCUAUGUUGCUCAGAGCUCUGGGGAAAAGCAUGGAGGACAGUACAGCAGCGAAGAACCGCCAGAAAGCUGUGGUGCUGAUCGUGAUCGUCCUGGUGACAUUCCUCGUGUGCUUCAUUCCCAGCAACAUCAUGCUGGUGGUGCAUUACUCUUUACUGAAGGACGAAAAGGAAAAUAAUGGUUACAGCUUCUACAUCUCUACUUUGUGUCUGGCAAGUCUCAACAGCUGCUUGGACCCAUUCAUCUACUACUUUGUGUCUGAGGAUUUCAGGAACCACGUAAAGAACACUCUGCUGUGUAGGAGCAGCAGGACUGUGGAGCAAAUGAGAGUUUCCUUCAGUUCCAUGAAGUAUUCCAAGAAGAGCAAGGCGUACGUGUCGGAAGCUGGAACCACACAGAGCAGUACCUGUUAGCCAGAAAAGGAGAGGAGAAAGUCUGAUUCCUGGUCUGGGUGCAUUUUGGCACUGCAGGUCUUUAAUAAAAGCCUGAAUGCACAUAACAGGUAAACUGAUAAGCAAAGAUGAACUUUUUAUUUGAAGAUUCCUGUGCUGGAAAAGAAAAGCACACAAUUGGUGCCGCGUACAUAUGUAAAUUUGAGCUGCUUGGCAUUAAAAUGUGAAACCUGAAUGCAUGUUUUUAUUUUACAUAUACGGUACAUAUAUGUAUAUAAAAGAGGAGAAAGCCUGCUCAAGAUUGACCUGCAGAGCUUUCUGUGGACUACUGUGCUUCUUCCCAUGGUUCUGACUGAAUGGAGCACCUUUGUGAAUAUCAUGACAGAAAUGUAUUUUUGAUCUAAUUAUUAUUAUAUUAUUAUAUAAUUAUUACAUUAAUCUGUUCAGAUAGCUUGUAACUACAGUGGGAUUUAUGAAAGAAACUGUGCUUUUUUUCUUCUUGUCCUUAUUUGCUGAAUUCUUGCAGCCCUUGUGAUUUUAAACCGCUUGUGUUCACACAUUUGCUUUUCUUUUAAACCAAAGCGGGAGCAUGUGAUAUUGUUACAAACUUUCUUAAAUAAAUGGU